AUGGUGUCACUAAGGCAGCAGCUAUCAUGGCUCUUUGCCGGCCUUCUACUUACAGUUCUGUCCUCUAACAUUCCCAUUGUACUGAAACCCGUCACAGCAUCUCCUCACCAUCACCAUCACUACCAACAUCAUAUUCGUCGCGUAGAAGCCAACAAAUUCUCGGUGACAGCCAAUCCCCAAUCAUCACCUCAUCUCUUUGCAGAUCUAGAAACAAAGACGGACACGCUAAACGCUCCUGGCCAGGGCGAUUUCACAUGUGGCCCUGAUAAGCCAUGUUUCAACAACGCCUGCUGUGGUGACAGCGGCUGGUGUGGCUAUGGUCCAACAUACUGUGGCAAAGGCUGUCAAUCCAACUGCGAUGCUGUUGCUGAAUGUGGCAUAUAUGCUAAAACUGUUGGCGCUGUUUGUCCUCUCAAUGUCUGUUGCUAUGAAUUUGGCUUCUGUGGGACUACUGCAAACUUCUGCUCCAACGGGUGUCAGUCUAAUUGUGUACAACCUAAGCCCUCAGGCACACCAGGCAACACCCAAAAGAGGACGGUUGGCUACUGGGAAGCAUGUAACUCACAGCACACAUGCGGAAACAUGGACGUUGGAGAGAUUCCCGUUACAUAUCUCACUCAUCUAAAUGUUGCUUUUGGAUACAUUUCCCAGGACUUGAAAAUCACUAACAUGGACGGUGUAGCAUCUGACAUUUACAGAAAUGUAGGCAAUUUAAAGGCUCAAAAUCCCAGUCUAAAGAUUAUCAUCUCGCUAGGAGGCUGGUCAUUCAGCGAUCCUGGUCCCUGGCGCAGCGUUUUCCCUACGAUGGCCGCUUCAUCGGGUAAUAGCUCCACGUUUAUUCAGAACCUAUUGGGAUUCUUGUCUGAAUAUGGAUAUGAUGGAGUUGAUUGGGAAUACCCCGGCGCGGAUGAUCGCGGUGGCAGCGACGCGGAUGCUGCCAACUAUGUUGCCUUGCUUAAAGACUUAAGAGAAACCAUCAAUACUAGCGGGAAGGAUUACAUUAUAACCUUUACUGCUCCGACAUCAUUCUGGUACCUACGGCACUUUGAUAUCAAAGGCAUGGCAGCCUAUGCUGAUUGGAUUAAUCUCAUGUCUUAUGAUCUUCAUGGAAUAUGGGAUAGCAAAAACCCGAUUGGAAGUCAAGUCCUUGCACACACCAACCUUACGGAAUUUGACCUCGCUUUAGACUUGUUUUGGCGAGCAGGGGUCGAGCCUUCUAGCAUUGUCCUGGGCUUAGCAUUUUAUGGCCGGACGUUUAAUCUCAAAUCUGCAUCUUGCUGGAAACUAGGCUGCCCCUUCAGCGGCCCUGGAGAUGCGGGCCAGUGUACUGGCACCGCGGGCAUCUUGUCAUACAGAGCAAUCGCAGAGGUCCAAUCUAUCCUUGAUCAAACUGGCGCUACCUCAUACUUGGAUAAGGACGCAGCCGUCAGGUAUAUGACAUAUGGCAACGACAGUUGGGUUUCAUAUGACGAUGAGACUACAUUCCAAGCCAAGAUUGAAUAUGCCAAUAAACUUGGCCUCUCAGGACUCUUGAUAUGGGCCCUCGAUCUUGAUAGCAGCGGGCUCGAUGCGCUCAGGGCUGUCUCAGGCCCUAUUAGCCCCACUGGAAUUGACAGCUCAUACUCGCUUGUUGAUCUCAAGAAUUUGUUUCCAACAGAAGACCUCCCUCUCUCAGACACCAAGCCAGCAUUUGGCUUUGUUCCAUUCGGCAGCAGUGGUUCUUUAGCUGACCCCAGCCCUGGUUCUGGCCCAUUCGGCUUUCUCUUAAUUGCAGGUGACUCGCAUGUUGUCACAAACUUAAGGAAGAGAGACGGCAAUCCCGAGCCCAUGGUAUUUCUUGAUUGCCCUUCCAGGGUUAAAGACCAACCGAAAGAUGAAGCACAAAAGGCUAGAGUAACAUACCUAAGUGAUGAUUUGAAAGAGUGUUUUCGUGUCUUGGAACGCGGGGUUGAAGGAACUAUUGUCGAGAUGCCAGACAAUUGCGCUCCGAAUUCGUUCGCUAGAGCCAUUUCUCUGGAAAUUUCAGCUGAUCAGUCAAUCCCUUCCAGUGUAGGAGGCAGGAUUCCCACCUCCCCGGUCUAUGACUUUUCUUUCGACUUUAAUCUCGGCCUAAUGAGAAGAGACACGAAUAAUACAAGCAUUCGAGUGGAUUACUCCAACGUUAAAGGCUACUGGGACCAUCUUGUUGAUACACCAGGUAUCCAAAGCCGCGACAUAGACGGUCUAAAGUCUCGAUUUUUUGCUCCCACUACCGUUGAUUGGAACUCGGUGUUUGAAAAAGAACAUUUUGAUUGGUCUCCUAGCGAUGCUACAAAAAUCAAGGACGAUUUGAAUACCAUUCUCUUCUGGCAAACUGCAGGAGACUGUGAUAUCAAUGGCACAAGCUUCGGCGAAGGCUUCGGCGCCUUUGUUCAGGGCACUAUAGACGCAAAGUUUUGGUUUGGAUUUUCCAUGAUCGCGACUUUAAAAAACGCUAAACUUGAUGUCGAUCAGGCCCAUGGUUUUCUUAAAGCAACUGGCCAGACAGACCUGACCUAUGGCAUUGGAGGCGUUGGAGAUAUUGAUAUAUCUAAAGCUCGCAUGGGCCACACUAUUAGUACCGCAACCUCCGGAGGAAUUAUAUCUUUCAACCCAUAUUAUAAGGUCAAAUACGAGAUGGCUACACUAAAUGGAUCGAGCGGUCAUGACUUUUCAAGCAGUACGGUCACAUUUGAUGGACGAAUGACCACGCGCAUUAUUACCGACCUUGGCGAUUUCCAAGCUAACUUUCCCUCUCAAUCGAAUCCCUUUCAAGAGAUCGAUGACGAUAAACGUCAGAAGAAUAAACUUUCCAUUCCUCAGGAUGACGUCCUCUAUGGUACUUCAUCCUAUGGUGGACAAAUUGCCAUUGGUACAGUCCUCACCUUUGGGCUAGAGAUGAAAUUCCUCAUAUUUGGAGAUCUGUUUAAACGGGUACUUGGCACGCCCAAGCUAGAACUUGCAUACAAUACUAUGGAACUCUUUACAUUCUCUCAGGGGAAAGAAGAGAAUUCUGGGAGCGUGUGUACUGACUACGACGUGACUACCAGUAUCUACCAAGUAGUUGACAAAGCUGAAUCUCUUGGCUGGGACGACAUCCCUAGCGAUGCAAUGGCAGAACUCAUCUAUGACCGACAAAAACCUAGCGGGGAGUAUAAGUGUUAUCCAGGUAUAAAUAAGUCUCUGGAGAAGAGAGAAAGAUUAUUCCAUCAAAAUGCCUCUAGAUCAACCACAAAGCCAACAUAUGGUGGCAUAAUUACCUCUACCAAUGAUCGCACAAAGAAUAAUGCCCAAGCUGAGUCUAGUAAGAAUGCCCUUCACUCUCGACAGAUAGGCUCAAUGGGUGAUUGGGGCUACGGGGGGGACGCAAUCAUUAAUCCAAAUCUCUAUUUUGGUGAAAAUCGGGGCCAUCUUACAUUUGGCGACUCCUAUCGCAAGACCAAGUUCCCGUGCACGGAUGGCAUGUCGUGCAGUUCCGAUGACGAAGAAGGGAACUGGUGCUGUGGAUGUGUUUCGAUGGACUAUCGCUAUGGUUUUUCCGAUAUGCCACCCUGCUCUAUUUGUGAGCCGCACCCGGACCCGUGGCUGGAUUCACCGUUCAUUUUUAAAAGAGAUGACCAGGACAUUGCAAACAAUUUCUCUCAAAUCGAAAAACAAAAACCCAAUGUGGCGACAAUGGGUUCUAAGGAGUUUACGGUUUGCGACAUGACAUACUGGCCCCUCCAGCCGUACAAAUAUCCUUCUUUCCCUAACCAAGCGUCCUUUCCUUGGGAUGGCAUUCAGAAUGGCAAAUGGGAUACGGUAUCCAAGUAUUGGGGCAACACAUCGGCCUCUUGCACAAACUGGAAUGCGGGCAAAGUCAUGCCAGCAGAUACCACGUAUAUCCCUGAUGGGUUCGGAGGAUCUAAGCCUGUGAGACCACAGUACGAAACCGAACACCCGUUUGAAGGCCAGCUUAUUCCCGAUUUUUUUAACUUUUGGUUGACGAAGGGGAAAUUGAACGAUAUCGAUCCAACAGUACACUACUCCCCACCAUUGGCUGACUGCAUUUUUAUUGAUGAUUUCAUCAAUAAUAAGGAUUUGUUCCCAAUUAAAACCUCAAAUGGACUGCGGAGACCUUAUGAUGCCGCGCUUCCGGAAAUUCUCUUAUCUGAACUCGGUUGCUCAGAUCACUUGGACAGACUGUCAAUCUUUCUCGCAAGACCUAAUCACAGGAAAGGCAGUGUAUUCCAGGGAACUAAAGUAGUAGACAUGACCAAAUUCAAACAACAGACUGCAGAAGAACAGCUCCUGGUAGCUAAGGAAGUUGGCCUAGUCUUCACCUACCUCAAUACUCCAGAAAUCUGGGACAUGUUUUGUGCUUCAUACGAGGCUAUGUAUCAACAUAUGGGCUUCUAUGACAGUUAG